AUGUCAACGUCCAACCUCAAAGCCCGUCAUUACUCAGCCCUCGCAUCUCGCUUACGAAACCUCCAAGCCAACUUGACCGAGACGGAGAAACAGCUGGAAAUGAUGUCCGAUCAGUUGAACUCUAUGGCUAGGUUGGGUGUAGGAUGUGGUUCUCAGUUCAUGACUGUAUCGAGAUUAUUGGAUGUCGAAUUGAUGAAAGCUACUCAAGAAGCAGACCAAUCACAACCACCCCAGCAACAAUCGCAAUCGGAUUAUGAUGAAAGCACGGCCAACAUAUCUCGAUCUCAAUGA